UGCAAAGUUAUGUCGUGGUGCCUAAUUGAAAGUGACCCGGGUGUUUUUACUAAAAUUAUUAGUAAACUUGGUUGCACAGGAAUUCAGGUAGAAGAACUUCACAGUUUACAAGAUGAAGAUCUAGCCGCCUUGUAUCCAAUUUAUGGUCUUAUUUUUUUGUUCAAAUGGAAUCAAUGUAUUACACCUAACGAGGGUAUUUACCCGAACUCUGACAAUGAAAUUUAUUUUGCUCGGCAGGUUAUUACAAACGCUUGCGCCACACAAGCAAUUCUCUCCGUUUUGUUAAAUUCUAAAGAUAUCGAAAUUGGGUCUUUUCUUAGAGAAUUUAAAGACUUUACUAAAGAUUUCUCCCCAGAGUUGAAAGGCACGGCUAUUGGGGACGAAAGGAUUCGUAGAAUUCACAACAGUUUUGCAAGGCCAGAAUUUAUGCUAGUUGAAGGUGUAGAAAGUAGCGGGGCCAAGGAAGCCUCCUUUCACUUUACCGCUUAUGUCCCCAUCAAUGGGAGAGUUUUUGAACUAGACGGCCUGAAAUCAGGGCCGUACGUUGUAGGAGAGUGCGGAGAAGACUGGACUAAAGUUGCUCGUGAAGCAAUUAGCAAAAAAAUGGCAAGCUUUUCAAUGAAGGAGUUAAGAUUUAACUUAAUGGCAAUCGUUAAAAAUCAAAAGGAUCAGUUCUCUAAAAAGCUUAGCGAAUUACUUAAAAGGGAGGCAAAAACCCCUGAGAUAGAAGCGGAGAUCAUAGAACUUCAAAAACGCAUAGAACAGGAAGAACACAAAAUUGAACGUUAUAAAAAGGAAAAUGAAUUGCGACAGCAUAAUUUUGUGCCCUUUAUAAUCAAGUUUUUGCAGUGCCUAGUAAAAAAGGGGGAGUUUGGUGCUCUCUUCAAACAAGUAAAAAAAUAG